AUGGACGGAGACUGGAACCACGAUGCUGUGAUCUGCAAGUUUUGUGGAGAUCCCUACACUAUACCUGAGGAUGAAGUGGACGGCAACCUUCCUCGUGUGCUACUAUGCGGCCACAUCUUCUGCACAUCCUGCUUGCUGCCCAUUGAGAGUGGCAACGUGAUUAGUUGCCCAGAAUGUGAGGUUGAGUCAACUCUUCCUGAAGGUGGAGUAUAUGGGCUGCAGGAGGACAGCAGAAUCAUUGGCCUCAUCUACACCACUAAAAUGAACAAACUAAAAAGUCUCCGAUAUGACAGAGCAAAGAAUCGCAAGAGGAGCAAUUUGUCACCAUCCAUGGCCAUGAAUGGGAAUACUGAGAAUGUGGAACAGCCUGACGUACAGGAAAUUGAGAAAUCAGUGGAUGAAGCUUUGGUUCAAGCUGCAAAGAAUCAUGCCCAGCUGGAACACAUCCGUGAGACUUUGACAGAACAAGUAAAUAAAGAGAGAGCUCGUCUGGAGAUGGAGAUCAAACAGACUGCAGACAAAGCUGUUCAUGCUGUCCAAAAGUGGAAGGAUGUUCAGCUGUGUCAACUUUCAAAACUGGAGAUGCAGUUCUGUAGCAGCCAAAAGCAGCUGCAAUAUGUCCAGGAGAGAAUCAAGGCCCUGGAUAUUGCAAUGCAGAUGGCCAGAGAAGUCCGCCGUGUCCCCUUCCUGGAGCAGUACUGUAUCCUUGACAAAGUUCUGGAAACUUUGCGAGCACCAGUGGAUAACCAGUCUUUUGGCACGAAAUCCAUCACUUUGGGCUCUGGAAUGAGGUGUGUUUUGCAGUCACAGUGUCUUAACCAGGGUCUGACUUUGUCCCUGAAGAUCGAAAUCAGCAAUGCCAAGCAAUUUUAUGAGACUCAUUGUAAAGGCUACUGGGCCCAUAACAGAAAGUGGCAGUUCCCAGAAAGCAGGAAGAGCAGGAGCCCCAGUCCGCAAUCGCAUGACCAGAGGAGCACAGGAACUAAGAGUCCACCGCCACAAGGUUCUUCAGGUUCAAGGCCUCACCGCAGUUUCAGCCAUUCCUGCCAGAGCUCAGACUCAGAAUUUGUAACUCCAGAUGUCAUCAUUGAGGAGGUUAUAAAUGAAGAGCAACAGCAAUCUCUCCCCCCUGCUGACCCUGAGGUAGCCCAUGAGAAAUGGAGGAGUCACAAAAAGAGACCAUUGUCACCUGGCUACAGGAGAAAUGUCCCCCAGUGGGUAGUGGUGACCCAUGUUGUGAAUCCCAGCCACUUUUACAUCCGCUAUGUGGCUGAAAAAAGAGAAACGGAGAUAUUGUCCAAGAGGAUCAACCGCUACUGCUCCAAAGAUAACUCUUACUUCUCCUCCACUGAUACAGUGAAGACUGGCUCUGUGAUUUUUGUGAAGUCUAAGAGAAAACUUUGGUGCCGGGCCAGUGUUAUUGAAGUCGUACAGAGUGGAUGCACUGAGACAGUUGAGUCCUGCCUGGUCACCCAGCUAGGCAGUGUCAGAGUCUUCUUUAUUGACCAUGGUCAAACAACAGCAAUCACUGUACAGAGCGAGAACAGGACCAGUGAAUCUUUACUGAAGGCUGUGAACAACCACAUGAGGAGAGUCCACGAGUCAGUGAAAGAUGAGCUGGAUUGCUUUGCCCCUCAGGCUGUCCGAUGCUCCCUCAAGGAUCUUGUCCCUUAUGAGCUAACAAAGGGCUGGACCAAAGAGGCACAGGUUGAAUUCUACAGCUUGGUUGGUUCUGCAGCAGUGGAGAUGCGUCCAUUGGGUCAGGACACAGACUCUUUGUUGGUGGAUCUGAAGAAAGCUCCCAUGGACCAGUCCAGGGAUUUGGCCGUGUCAGUCAGAGAAUACCUUGUUUUCAUUGAAGUAGCAAGGUUUUAUGCUCCAGUGACACAAGCCAGGAGGGUGCUGCUUUACUACCCACCUGUCUAUCCCAAGAUUCACACAGAACUCAACGCUGUGGUGUCCCACAUCCUCAACCCCUCUGACUUCUACAUCCAGCUGGUUGAUAACAUGGAGUCCUUGUUGCUCUCAGCCAAGCUUCAGAAAUUUUAUAACGCAAUACCAAAGGCUGGAGAAGACAACCAAAUCUACUGUCCAGUCAUUGGACAAGCUUGUGUUGCUCGAUUUGAUGACAAAUGGUACAGAGCGCAAAUAAUAGGUCUUCCAGGGGGCAGAAGAGUGGAGGUUCUCUAUGUUGACUUUGGCAAUACGAAGAUUCUAUCAGUCUGUGACCUGAGGAAGAUCAAGGAUGAGUUUUUUGCUCUUCCUUCCAUGGCAAUCCACUGCUGCCUCUCAGAUCUGGUUCCUCUAGACGCAGAGACAUGGAGUGAUGCCUGCAUCACCAGGUUUAUGAGCCUGGCUGACCAGAAACUGGUCACCAUUGAGGCUACACGAAAGGUCCCUAAAUCUGAGCCUCUGCCAGUCAAACUGUUUGAGAGUGACCUUAAUGGACAUCUGGACAAUAUUGCUGAGAUGCUUGUAAAGGAAGAGCUAGCUGCUUUCAAAGAGGGAUUUGAGUCUGAAGACACCAGACCCACUUGUAAUGACUCUGCAGUGUGGGACCCACCUCUUGAGUGCACUUUGGCUAAAGAAAACACAACUCCCACAGACGAGGAGCAGGAGUUUCAUCCUCAGCUUGAACUCCCAGGUCAACUCAAAGAGGUGAAUGUCCGAGUUAGCCACGUCAACUCCCCGAGCAGCUUCUACAUCCAGUUCACCAAGUUCAACUCUCAGCUCAAAAGAAUAUGUGAACUAGUGAAGCAGGAAUGUGAACAUAUGGAGCCUCAAGAUGUGGUAUGGAAGGCAGACAUGUAUUGCGCUGCACUCAUUAAUGGAGUCUGGGAGAGGGGACAGAUCUGCGCUGAUGUCACAUCAAGCAGUACUGUAGAGGUGAUCCGCUGUGACCAUGGCAACAAGGUUAAGAUGAACACCAGCAACCUGAGGCCACUGCCAACCUCACUGAUUGGCUCUCUGGCAUUGGAGUGUACACUGCCUGACAUCAGGCCAGCAGGAGGCCGAUCAACCUGGACCGCCACAGCCUGCGACUUCAUCUCCUACCACCUGACUGGAGCCUCAGCAGUAGUGACAAUCAAGGAGUUGACAGAGGAGCGUCCAGUGCCUGUCACUCUGUUCUGCUCUAACAGGAUGGGACAGUUGGUCAGCAUUGCAGACUUUCUGGCCAGUGAAGGCCUUGCUCUCAGGGAACGGAAGCCGAGAGAGGUUGAAAAAUCAAAUGAAACUGGUUCUCCAGUCACAGACCCACAAACUGAUGACUCUGAGGGCAAGAAAAAAGCCUCUCCUGAGACUGCUACUGUGCCUAGCCCCUCCUUGUCACUCCCUGCCUCUAAUCCAACCUGUACGAUUCCAAAACCAGCCUCCCGCACCAUAAUGUCUGCAGAGAAGGUAAAGACUCCAAGUUACCGUCCCCCAGAGUUGCCCUACCUUGGUCACGUUAAGAUGACAGUGUCUGCCAUUGGAGAGGAUGGCCUCAUUUACACCAGAACACACAAUGCAGAAUGUCAGCUGGAGUCACUGAGAGAAAGGAUUCAGCAGUGCAUUAAGACUCUGCCCAGACAGAAGCCCUACACAUGGAAGUCAGUGCAGGGCUGUGCUGUCAUUGGUCCUGAUAUGCUGUGGUACAGAGGACAGGUGCUGGAGGUGCUGGGAGGAACCAUCAAGGUGCAGUAUGUGGACUACGGCCUGGUGGAGAACAUCCCAGUGGUCCAUCUGUACCCCAUGCUGCUGUGUGAUGAUGUUCCUCAGCUCUGUGUGUCCUGUCAGUUGUAUGGCAUCAACCCUAUAGGAGGCUUUUGGCAGCACGAUGCGGUGGCCUUACUGAAGGAGAUGUUGCUGAACCGCUGUGUUGACAUGCAAAUCAGGGAGCUGCCAACAAACCCCAGGGCUCCUCUCACAGUGGAUCUCUUCCUGGAUGGAUUAAGCAUCAGCAAAAUCCUGUGUCACCAUGAACACGGCACUAUGGACCGGAUGCUCUCGCCACAAAAGGAAUACUCACUCAUUUACGAAGCUGCUUUUCUGGAUGACUGGGACAUCAACACAGAGGGUCUGAAGGGCCCAGAGGAGACGGUGCUGGGGCCGUUCAUCUACCCAGACCUACCGCAGGGGGAGAAGUUCCCAGUCAGAGUGAAACAUCUGUGGACUCCCAAUCAGUUGUUUCUGUGGCCUCUGGAGGGAAUGACAGAUGUGGAGGUGAAUGGAGAAACUCUGGAAGAAGCUCUGACCAGAAUCAGCAUAGACGUUGAUGAUCUGCCUCGACUCACAAACUUCCCCGAAGGUAGCCCAUGUCUGGCAGAGUACAGCGAUGGAAAAUACUACAGAGCCAAGAUGAUCAAGAUUCUCAGCCUGGAGCCCGUCAAGAUCCUGGUCCAACAUGUCGACUUUGGCUCAGAUGACACUGUGCCUACCACCAAGCUGCGUCAGAUGCCUCCAUAUUUGCUUCAGUUUCCAUGUCAGGCAAUAAAGGUUAAAGUGGGCGGUUUCAAGGCCCCCAUAGUGAAUGCAGGUGAAGACAUGCUGCCCUACAGCCCCAAGUGGAGCGUCAGAGCCACCAUGGAUAUGAUCGACCUGUUACACGGCAAUAUCACAGCCUCCGUCCUGUCCUGGAGCCCGGAGCUCACGGUGCUGUUGUACAAUGAAGAGGGACGGCUGGUCCAUCUUCCUCUGGUCACCAACGGUCUGGCAGAGUUCGACUGAAGCAGCAGCACAAACCACCACCAUGUUACAGGUACCGUUUACAACAAAUAUUUAUACACAGUCAGUU